AUGGAGCUCGAUACCGGCUCAGCCACAUACGUUGUUUCUUGGAGCACCAUAAAGAGGCUUAUUCUACAGCUUGCGAAGCACCAUUUGCAGAGCUGCAAUUUGACCCUCAGAGACUAUCAGGGAAACCUGAUCCCUGUAAUCGGCACUAGCAAAUUUAGGGUGCAGUUCAAGGGAUUUGAAGGCAGGCUUCUGCUCAUAAUCAUUGAUGGAACGCUGCCCAGUCUCCUUGGGCUGCAUUGGUUUGACUCCCUCGGCCUGCAGAUCAGCGGCAUACAUAGCGUAAACCAAUCCAACCUGAACUACCUAGUUAGAAAAUUUCCCGCUGUGUUUGACGGUCAGCUGGGCCAUUACACUGGCACGCCUGUCUCUUUCAACCUUGAUCCUUCAGUGCCACCCAUCCGCAUGAAGCCGCGUUGUGUGUCAAUCGCCCUCAAGCCUAAAGUAGAUGCUGAACUAGACAAGCUCAUUGCACAGGGGGUCCUUGAGCCGGUGGACCAUGCGAGAUGGGAGACCCCCAUCGUCCUGCCAAUCAAGCCCGAUGGCAGUGUCAGAAUCUGCACUGACUACCGCUGCUCCAUCAACCGCGCACUGCCAUCUAACGCCUACCCCGUGCCGAUGGUCCAACACCUACUUCAUACCUUGGCUGAAGCCCAAAUCAUCAUAACUCACUGGGGCGCUUUCAAAUGCUGCCGGUUACAAUUUGGGGUAAGCAUUGCCCCGGGCUUGUUCCAAAGCUUGAUGGAGCGGUUGCUCCAAGGACUCAGUGGCGUCGUCCCAUACUUUGAUGACGUCCUAAUUUCCGCCUCCUGCCAUGAGGAGCUGAUGUCCCGGCUGUCCAACCACAAGCCACUCCUCGGGUUGCUCGCUGGGGACAGGCAAGCUCCGCAGGUGAUGUCCCUUCGCAUGACCCGGUGGUCUGUAUUCCUAGCUGCUUAUGAUUACUCCCUGAUCCACUGCCUGGGCAAGCAAAUCGCCCACGCCGAUGCCCUGGGUAGAUGCCCCCUGCCGGACGCGCUAGAAGAUCUUGCGCCAGUGUCUUCUGUGCUACUUGUGGAAGACCUGGGCCUGCCGGUCAUGGCUGCUGACAUCGCCCGGUUGUCCGCAAAGGACCAGGGACAGGUCCUCCUCAUUGUGGUGGACGUGUUUUCCAUAUGGCUGGAGGUUGUCAGAAUGCCAUCCACCACUGUGGAUGCACUGAUAGCGGCCCUCUGGAGGUUAUUCGCCAUCCAUGGGAUCCUGGACAUGCUGGUGUCCGACAAUGGACCUCAGCUGACGUCCACCAAAUUUGAGGCCUUCCUGGCCUCUAUGGGGAUUCGGCACGCGUUGAUUUCCCCUUUUCACCCAGCUAGCAACGGCUUGGCAGAGCGCAUGAUCCACCCCUCCAAGGAGGCCCUCGCCAAAAUGAGCCCAGCCGGUUGGCAGAAACACAUAGAUGCUUUCCUGCUGGCCCAUCACACAACACCAUGCCCAGAUACUAACAUGAGCCCUGCAGAGCUAUUAAUGGGCUAA